CCUAGCAGACGACUGCCAGCUCGUCGAGGAAAGAUCUACUGUGUGGUGAAAAAUUACAAUUUUAUGUUGUUGGUAAAACUGACUGGCAUUACCAGCUGAUUUCAUUGUUGUCCAGUGCUGUAUGGAUUACAUCGUUAAGUGUCUAUCGAUUUGUAUUUGUGCAGUGGAAUCCUGUCACCGGUUUUAGUUGUAAUCGGGUUUAUUUAGUGAUUUAAGUGGUUGUGUUAUAAUUUAGUAGAAUUGCGAUUAAUUAAUUUAUCGAUUUGGUUCCGUAGCGAAACGGUAGGUCGAGAAAACAUCGUUUUAAAUUUUACAAUUUAACUCAAAAUUAACUAAAAUUCCAGUGUUUACUCGUUUUGGGAGAUUACCAAAUGAAAUAAGUGAGUGAAUUUCAAAGUGUUGUGAACCCUAUCAUUCUGGAAAAUACAGGAUAUACUUCUGUAAGGGUACGGAUGCAGGGAGUGGAGGGUGAAGGCGAGGUCACGUGGCUACUGUGAUGACGUAGCCAGGCCGCCACGGACCAGCCAGACUCUGUGGCUUGGAACAACCUAACCACAAGGCACAGAUGUCCUGACAGUGGAGGUCGCGGGAGGAUGACGGGGGCGGACGACGACUACGUGCGGAGGGAGAGGUUGCUACUACUCCACCACGGCGGCGACCGCUACCUGGUCCCUCCUGCCCCAGGGGAACGUUACCUCCCUCCACCCGACCGCUACCUGCCGCCUCCCGCCCCCGCGCCAUCGGACCACUGGGCACCUCCAUCACCCCCGGCGCCCGCACCCAACGAGCGCUAUGUCCCUCCCCUCUCACCCAGCGGCUACGACCGGUACGACCGCUACGACCGCUACCGAGACAGAUACUACGACUACAUCUCGCCACAAUCCCCCAACUACCAUGAGCGCUACCUCUGCGGGACGUUGGACAGGUACGACCGCUUCCAGAACAACGUGGUCAGCACCACCCCCGGGGGACCUGGAGACCCUUACAUGCGGAGGGACCUCGGCUACCACCAUCACUACAGGCUACCACCUCCACCGGGGUUCUACCAUCCUGUGUACCAACGUACGCCCAACCAUUCCCACCACAACGCCGGGUACGCUACCAUGAGGCAUCAUCGUCACACGCGCUGCUGUCCGGGGAUGUACCCCCAGGGGAACACGCGCGAAGGGAACUCCGGAGGAGGGAGUGCUAGGGAUUACGUGACGUCCCCAGUGCUCCCGCGGGGACGGACUUGUAGAAGUGGGAGCAGUGGGAGUGGAAGCACCCCAGUGGAGUACGUGGGCUCCUCCGGAGGAAGGUACGUGUCGACGACUCCCCCGUUACCGAGGUGUGCGAGCGUGAGUGAUGUGAAGGACCAGUGCGGAGGGUCCAGACGAGGGUGUGAGAUGGCGUUGUGUUGUAAUGCGAGAAGACCUACUCCUCCUCAGACCACGCAGCUACUCACGCCGCAUCACAACUCUGUCUGGAGGGCUGUGGGGCAGAGUCCCCCCUCGCCGACACCGCCCCCCACCACACAACCCCCGUCUCUGCCUACCCUUACAACGCCCAGCACAUCCCCCAGUGCCCAGAUGGAGUCUUCACCGCACCCGUUCAUGCGGUCAGUCUCGGCCCCGACGGCGCCCUUGCCGCCUCCCUCGGACCCACCCACCCCUACUGGCGCCCCCGGAGCCACCUGUGGCGACUCUGAGGAAGCGGCCGAGGCUGCUGAGCAGGUGGCGCCCCUACAACCUCCAGUGUCUCUCAGGCUGCAACCCCCGAGGAGACGUCCCCUGCUGCACCAGGCUUCCGCCCCUGUCACACAGGCAGAGAUGCGGAGAGUCCAUCUGACCAGGACGGAGCUGGUGAAAGACUUUAUCAAAAGAGAGGCUGCUGUUUUCCUGGGAGUGGACAAGGAGACGGAGGCUAGGGAGCGAGCAAGAUGGCUAGAGAGGAGGAAGAGACUUUGCACCAGGAAAUACGGCCUCAAGCCCGAGCACUGCCAGACCCCAAGGCCCACUGAAUCAGCUGAUGGGGGGAAGGACGAAGGAGAAGAUGCUCCGAAGUGGACGGAACCUCCUGUCCGACGGAAACCCUCAGUGGCCAAGAUGACAUUCAAGGGGAUGGCUCUAGUGGUACAGACGCUGGGGAGACACCGUGGUACUCAUCCUUCACAGCUGAGUCGUCAGAUGUCUCGUAGCUAUUCUCCCUCCACCGUGCCUGCCACCCCUGACCCGUCGUCACCGCUGGAGGACGAGGUUUUCUAUGACCAGCCCAGUUUAACGGAUCCGUCGUCUGCACCUGUCAUCACAGCUGACUCAGUAACAGACUCGCCCCAUCCUGCAGACAGGUUCACGCCUGCCAUUGUACCAGAAGAGGUUCUACCCCAGCAAAGGAUGCAUCGGCUGUCCAGCUGGAAGCGACAAGACAAACAGCAAGACCUGGUAGCUGUGGGACAAGUUGGUCUCAACAGAAUAUACAACCACACACUGGAUGGAGUCUUGGACAACUCUGACAGACGACAGUACGGGAUGGGCAUCGUCGGACGAUUGUUUGGGCGAUCGCUGAAGAGAUCUGUGACCAAUCGAGAGCCAGUAAAGGAACAACUGGAAGAUUUGGAAGACCAUCGUCCAUUCUUCACUUACUGGGUGACGACUGUGCAGAUACUCAUUCUUUUCUUUUCUCUCUUCUGCUACGGCUUUGGACCAAUCGGCAUUGAUCUCCACCAGGAGUCGGGACUGGUGCUGGUAACAAGUCUAUCACUGCAACAAGUAGAGUUUAGCGAACCUGCCAACUUCUGGAUAGGCCCGAGAGCGGCGGAUUUAAUACACCUUGGUGCAAAGUUUGCCCCCUGCAUGCGGAAAGACGCAAAAAUCAUCAAAGAGAUAGAAAAAGGGAGGGAAAAAGAGCGGGAGACAGCUUGUUGCAUUAGGAACGAUGACUCAGGGUGUGUGCAAUCUUCUCAGGCGGAUUGUUCGAUUACGCAUCAUGGGGACCUUAUCCAACACCUGAGACCAACGGUAAAAAUCGAGAAAACCAUCUCAACGUGGAAGAAAUGGUCGCCUGGAGAUUCUGGGCCUGGGGGUAGAAUAUCUGGAACUGUUUGUGGGCUGGACCCCAAAUUCUGUGAGGCACCAGCGUCUGUGGCUCCGUAUGAGUGGCCCGAUGACAUCACAAAGUGGCCCAUCUGCCGUAAGACGUUCACAGGCAGCGAGCGUCGGCUGCGCGAACGACAGAAAGAUCGGCUCACAGCCGAACACAUGGUAUGCGAGGUGAUCGGUCACCCUUGCUGCAUCGGUAUCCACGGCAGCUGUCGGAUAACAACGAGGGAGUACUGCGACUUUGUCCACGGGUACUUCCACGAGGAGGCGUCGCUUUGCUCGCAGGUUUCUUGCUUGGACAACGUAUGUGGGAUGAUUCCCUUCUAUUCACCUGAAGUGCCCGACCAGUUCUACAGGCUGUGGACCUCUUUAUUUUUGCAUGCAGGGGUCAUUCAUCUAGCCAUCACUCUUGUACUGCAGUGGUUCAUGAUGAGAGAUCUAGAGAAGUUGACCGGAUCACUGAGAAUCAUGAUCAUCUACAUGGGCUCCGGCGUCGGAGGGAACCUAGCCAGUGCUAUCUUUGUACCUUACCGCGCUGACGUGGGGCCCGCCGGGGCUCAGUUUGGUCUGCUUGCCUGUCUCAUCGUUGAAGUGCUCAACAGCUGGCAGAUGUUGAAGAGUCCGCACCAUGCUCUGCUCAAACUCGUCUCUAUCGUGCUCUUCCUGUUCGUCUUCGGGCUGCUUCCCUGGGUUGACAACUUCGCCCACCUCUUUGGCUUCAUCUUUGGCUUCCUCCUGUCCUUUGCGCUCCUUCCGUUCGUCUCCUUCGGCGAGUACGACAGACAGAAGAAAAUCUUCCUUAUAUGGGUCUGUCUGAUGACGUGUGUGUUCCUCUUCCUCACCCUGUUGUUGCUGUUUUACAUCACUCCGAUCUACGACUGUCAGAUCUGCAGCUUCUUCAAUUGUCUCCCUCUCACCGACCACUUCUGCUCGGCUCAGAACAUCAACUUCAAAAGAGAGGUAUGACACACGGGGUUGCGGCGUAAACCCUACGUCGAACAUCGACCGUCGCUCCCCCCGACCUCUUGGCUUGUCUUCAAGAAAGGUGACUCGCGCUUGCUGAUGGUCGUCGCCAUUUUGUGACGACUCCAGUUCACUAUCUCACCAUCGGUUUUUUUGUCUCAGUUUAAUUUAUUUUCACAGAACGUUAAUGUGUAAAUUUCCAACAGAUACAGUAGCUUUGAAUCGUUCAUGCACAAGUGAACACUAAAUUUUGUUUGCAAAAGUUUUUACAUUCAUGAACUGGAGUCACAUGAUCUAAGUCACAGCUGAGAGGUCUUUGUAUAAAUGUAUAAACACCGCACAUGGUAACGCCGUGACUGAUUAACUAUAAGUGCAAUCGUCAGUGUAUGAACACUCAGUGCGACGCAGACGAGGGACAAUAUUUUUAUCAUAGUGGGUAUUUUGUAACCAUGUAUUAUACUAUACAUAUUAUAUAUAUGGAAGGUGUGAACUCGCGCCCCUGAUGUUUUCUAAGUCUUUCAGAUCAUAGGGCCGAGCCCUACGGGGGUUUUCGUUUCCGAUCCCGGAAUCAAAGUUUUUUUUUCCGGUGUACAUAUACCGUAUUUAUUAGGUGGGACUUUGCAAUCGGAUUGGAUGGAUUUGGUCUUGCUCUUGUGACAAGUGAGGUGAGUGCAUUUUGGUUUCCCUUGGAGUUUUCAGGUGAAUGUUCUUUCAUUCUUAUUGAUAAAAACUCUAUGGUACCUAAUUUUUUACAAAAAAAUUUCAGUGUGCCCAUUCAAGCUCAAUAAAAUGAAACUCUGGCUUAUUGAAUUAAGUUGGGAAAUAAUAAUUCCUCAAAUACAAAUUUCAAAUCUGUUUGACUAGGCCUUUACAAAUUUCAGUUACAAUAUUAUACAUAAAUUCAUAAAUAAAAUCUAUGAUAAAUUUACUCUUUCAUUCAUGGAUAUGGUAGGGAAUUUCAAAGUCACUGUGGCAUAACUAAUGAUAGAUUUUUUUAUCAGUUCUAUAUUAAAAAUAGCAAUUUUUCUCCAAGAAAAACCAAAUUGCAUUUCACAAUUUGUGUUAUAACUUUAAAAGACACAUUGCAUUUUUAUUUAGUCCUUAUAUAAUUCCAUGUACAGCGUUUGCAGUAUUUAAUAUUCAUCAGAUAUUUUGAUGUUAAUUCUUAGUUUUUCCAAUGAGGUGGCGUUAAGUGUGAUACUCAAGUUAUAUACAAUAUUUUGAAAACAACGAAUGCAGUAUUUUUAUUUAAUAACUAUAAAUAUUGAUAGCGGUUGUUUUAAACAACUUAAUUGUUUAUUGUUUCCAAUUUGGAGAAGGUGAAUAGCUAGAUUCGUCUCUCGUACUGUUUUUUUGUUAAUUUUUAAAAUUUGUUAAAUUGUUUUUGAUAUUUUAUAAGCUAUGUUAAGUUUGGUAACAAAACUUAAAGUGUUUUAUACAAACUUUCAUUUGACAUUUUUCACAGAGACUUAUUUACCUUACGUUUCAAAAACAUUUUCCUUUCCAACAAAGAGCAAAAAGUUAUUCGCUCAAAACUAAAACUGCACUGAUUAUUUGAUAAUCCAGCACAACGUUUCAGCACAUAUAAUUUACUUUUUAUACUUUUAUAUUUAUAUAUUAUUGUAAUUUUAUAGACUUUUCAAAGUAGGUAAUUUGUCGUUUUCAGUUGAGACUCCUACUUAUUUAUAAAUACACUUUUAAUAGUCCUAAUACUAAAUUCUAUUGUUCAACUGUUGUCUAUUAUUUUUAGCAUUUCCAUUAACAAUUUGUUGGUUUACAAAACUAACUAGGCCUAAGGUUAAUUUAUGUACUUAAGAGAAAUGUUCACCAUUAUUGGUUUUUACAGACAAAUCCACUAGGUACAGACGAUUUCACGUUGAAGGUAUUGUUUCAGCAUUAUUUUAUACAUUUUGUAUUUUUGCUUGAAAGAAUAUUCCUGUACGCGUGACAUGAAAGCGUGUAUGUUUGUAUGUAUGUACGGUGUAUGUACGUACAAGUGUGUACAGUUGGUCAUGUACUGGUUAUAUAGUGUAACGGUGUUUUUUCACACACAAUAACAUACUGUAUAAAUCGUUUAUUUCUUUGUAUAUCUACGGGAGACCAACGCCUUAUAAUUGAAAUAUAUAUCCAUUGUAACUCA